AUGAUCGUUUCCCUCUGCAUACUGCAGCCAGGCAAGGCCAAGGUCAGUCAGUCUAUAUGAUCCUCAUAUUGUCCUCUCAUUACCUCGCAACUAAUUUUACACAGUGAGAGUCGCGGAAAAUCUUCUCAAGGUAUGUAGAUUUAGUCCCCAGCAAGAUCAUCUAUCUAACAUCUACCUUACAGACAGAUCCGAAACUAUCCAAGAAGGUGGACGACGAUGGACGAUAUGCCAUCCACUGGGCGGCUUCAGCCAACAAUCUAGAAAUCGUUUCUCUUUUGGCGGAGCAGCCCAAAUUCGAUGCUGAUAUCGAGGUAUGUAUUUACUUUAUUAGUUUGCUUUACGAUGUGAUGAUCGCUCAUCAAAGCAAUCCAGGACGGGAGUGGAUGGACCCCUCUCAUGAUCUCAGCCAGCGUUCCCGACAACGAGCCCGUCCUCACACUUCUUAUCAGCAAAGGAGCGGAUGUUAAUGCAAAGAGUAAGCGGUCCUUACUUCAUCUUCUCACAUAGUUAUUGUCUCGUCGAAUCUAACAGGAUCGGCUCUUAGAUAACAGUGGCCAAGUAAGUGAAUCCAUCAACUAUUGGAUACAUUACAGUGUCUGACCGAGGCACUCUGAGAGCAGUCUGCCCUCCACUUUGUAGCUUCCAAGAAGAACCUCGAUAUUGCUCGCCUUCUUGUUGACAACAAGGCUUCAACGCGCGUUCGCGACCGUCGUGGGCAAUAUCCUAUCCACCGUGCUGCUGCUGUUGGCUCCGCGCCCAUGGUUGCCCUCCUUCUUCAAAACAAGAGCCCUCUGAAUGCAACCGACAAUGAAGGCUAUACGCCACUUCAUCAUGCUAUUGCCGAAGGCCACGGUAAGAUAUGCUCCCACCCGAGGAUUCAGGGUCCGGGACGGAGGUCAUGAGCGUUGAGAUUGACGUUCUCGUAGGAGAUACUGCUGUAGCACUGCUCAAAGCCGGGGCCGACUUUUCACUCAAAACCAUCGAGGAUCAGCUGGCUAUCGAUUUAGCCCCAGACAAGGAGGCAAGUGUUUCAUUCUCGCUAUAA